AUGAUGAAAUUGCUUUGUUUUCAUCACAAGCCUGAAAUUGUUAACAAAAAUUCAAGCAAUCAUGUUAUAAGAAACUCUAUCCUGAUUGAAGAAAAAUUGAGUGAUUACGAUGAUGAUCUCUACCAAUUCUAUCACCUCGAAGAGUGUCAAAUUAUCCCCAACUCAAAAGGGUACAAAGUGGAUUGUGAUAUGAGAAAAAAUGUGAUAGAUUGGUUGAUAUACUUACAUUAUUUUUUUGGACUCAUAUCGGAAACUCUUUAUCUUAGUGUCAACAUUCUUGAUCGUUUUCUUUCACAAAACAAUUUUGAAGUGUUAUCGAUGAAUGAAUUUAAACUCAUUGGUAUCGCGUCAUUGUUGUUAGCUUCCAAAUAUGAACAAAGAAGUGUGGUCAGAGUUCGCGACAUGGAACACAUAGUUAAGAAUUCUUAUACCUCCGAUGAAAUACGUAAAAUGGAGAAUCUUAUAUUAAAAGAGCUCGAUUGGAGUUUAACGGUUCCAACAUGUUAUAUGUUUCUUGGUAAGAACAUAAGAGUGUGUCUUUUAUCUGAUAGAGACAAGAUCAUGGAAACCAUGGUGUGUUUCUUUUCUGAGCUUAGUUUGACGCAUUAUUCGAUUAUGUGUGACUAUAAACCUUCUGUGAUUGUUGCUUCUGCGAUGUAUUGUGCAAGAAUUGUUAUAGGAAGAUAUCCUCUUUGGAGCAAUGAUUUGAAUGUUUGUUCUGGAUAUUCCGAAGAGAAGUUAAGGUCUUGUGCUAGGGUUAUGAUGAAUUUAUGCGAUGAAAUUUGUAGAGAUGGAAGCAUGCAAGUUUUUAAGAAAUUUUCAGGUUUCUUAAGAUGGAAGGUUGCGUGUAUAGCUAAACAAAAAUUCUUAAUGAAUCGUUGCAAUCUUAGUGUUCAUCUCAAUAUGUGA